AUGGAAAAAUCAUCAUGCACGAAUGAAAAAAUCAUUGAUGUUGACAAUGAUAACAACCCUUAUGUCACACAUCAAAGUGAUGAUAAUUUUGAUCUAAAAGUUGGAAUGCUGGUAUAUAGUGAGGAAGAAGCUUACAAUCUCUACAAUGGGCAUGCUAUAAACAAAGGGUUUAGUAUGCGGAAAGGCAAAGUUCGGAGGUAUGAAGGCACAGGUGGUUUGCGACAACGCAUCUUUUUGUGUUCAUGUGAAGGAUUUAAAGAAGAUAGUUCACCUUUUGAAGAUAAAAAGUUUGAAGGAAUGCUAACUAGGAUUGGUUGCAAAGCUCGUGUUGUAUUUAAUGUGGAAAAUGGUGUUUGGGAAUUGGUUAAAUUCAUUUCUGAACAUAACCAUGCACUUGCAAAGCCUGAGCAAAGACACUUGUUGAGGUCAGGGCGAAAGAUGUCUAGCACUAGUGCCGCUGUCUUGAGUUCCAUGUUCAAAGCCGGUAUAAGAGCAACCAAGGCAUACUCAUACUUGUCUAAAGAAGCUGGUGGAGUUCAAAAUGUUGGGUUCACAGAAUGUGAUUGUCACAACUUUUUACAAUCCAAAAAAUCAAAAUCAAUAGAAGUAGGGGAUGCUCAAACUCUUAUUAAUUAUUUCAAGUCCAAGCAAUCAGAAAAUCCAAUGUUCUUUUAUACAGUUCAAGUGAGUGAUCAAAAUCGAAUGACUAAUUUUUUUUGGAGAGAUGGUUCCUCCAAAUUAGAUUAUCAAUAUUUUGGAGAUGUCAUGAUAUUUGAUACCACCUACCGCACAAAUAAAUACAAUAUGAUUUGUGCCCCUUUUGUUGGAGUAAAUCAUCAUUGGAAGAAUGUACUAUUCGGUUGUGCUUUUUUAUUGAAUAAAACCACAGCUUCUUUUAUGUGGUUAUUUGAAGCAUUUCUAGAGGCUAUGGGAAAUAAGGCUCCUAGAACAAUUUUUACCGACCAAGAUGGUGUAAUGGAAAAUGCUAUACGUAAGGUGUUACCCAACACACGACAUCGUCUAUGUACAUGGCAUAUCUUGAAAAAUGCGGCCCAAAACAUUUCUACUUUGUUUGUAAAUCCAAGGUUCAAGGAGAAGUUCAACAAGCUUUUUUAUGGUUGUGAAACUGAGGGAGAGUUCGAGUCCACCCUAGGGAAGUUAAAUGAAGAACAUGACAUUGUAGGAAAUAAAUGGUUGAGUAAAUUGUAUGACAUUCAUGAGAAAUGGUGCCCAACUUUCAGUUGUGAUACAUUCUCGGCCGAUAUUACAUCAACACAAAGAAGUGAGAGUACAAAUAAUAUAUUUCAACAUGUUGCUUGCAAGACCAUGACUCUUACUGAAUUUGUGAAGCAUUACGAUGAAAGUGCAAGCCGAAUGCGUGAAAUUGAAGUGAGUGAUGAUUUUUCAUUUGUUAGAGGUGUAAAGGAAGGGAUUAUCAUUGAUGAGUAUCGUGAGCCAUCGCAGAAGGCGGUAUCAUCAUCAAAGACAGUAUUCUUGAACAAGCUCAUAUACAAAGCUUUUAGCGUUGUGAGUUUAAGUGCAUAUGAUGAGGAAACAUUUGCAAUUACUAAUAGCCAUCUAGACCAAAUUGUGCAAGAAGUUAGAAAGAUUAAAUCAAGGAAUGUGAUGAAUAGUUGUGAUUCUAAUAGAGUUGAUGUUGUGAAUGAAGUAAAUGACUCAAUUGGUGAAAAGGUGGUGUUGGAUCCUCUACGUAUGAGGCCAAAAGGGGUUUUUGGAUAUCAUAACAGCCCUUUUGGAAACUUUCAACAAAUACACUCUUUUAUGCUAAAUUGGAGUCAGGUGUCAUACAACAAUGUUAUACAGAAUCAAGCAAGCCAUAAUUUUGAUAACAUUAAUCAGCUGUCAAGAAAUGAUGCCAUGGAAAAUAGUGGGAAUUCCUAA